CGUGUUGGCCGCUCUCAGGUUCCUCUCUGUGGAUAUUAACAAGAGAGUGGCGUCGGAGCAGUGGCUUACACACCCAGAGCCAUCUAUUGAAUUGAAUUGAAUUGAAUUGACCAAUCACAGAGAGACAGUUCGUGUUAUGGAGAGGCUGCGUAUUUUCAUGAACAUUGGAGGUUAUCUUUAUUCGUAAAUAAUUUCAUCUGUGCAAACAUUAUUUGAAGGAAUAUCGUGAUCCAAACACGAAAGAAAAUGCACGGACAGAGAUAUCUUCUGUUAUGAAUAUGUCAGCAUUGGUUUGCCAAACACAUUGGGUUUGUCUCUGCCAACAAUUCAGUAAAGAAAGGGAGCAGCGAGAACUAGAAACCAGAAAUGGAGCAGGCAAACCUACCAGACAAAAAUGGCCUCUAUUCGACCACUUAAAUUUUUUGGGGCAAUUCGUCUUUCAGAGAAAUGUAAGUAAUGUAGGUGCAACAUCUAUCUUAGCAAAUCAGCCUCGAAAUGUGCAAUACUAUAAUUACCAAAAUGACAACAACGUUAAGUUCAUGGAUUGUCAUAAAGAAUCGCCAUCUGAUUGGAUUCCAGUUACCUUGUGCAAUAACAAUCUACAUUCAAACGCAAAAAACCCGGUACACUAAAAAUU